AUGUUAAAUACUACUAAUGGUAUAAACGAUGACGCGUCUAAUUCAAAUUCAGCCACCACCGACGUAGGCGACACUGCCGGAAACGACAAACACGUGUCUUUAAAAGACAUAGAAGUUAAUUUAAACGACCUAAAGGUCCUAGAAUCUGAAUUUAAAAGGGCCGUGCUCGAAUACAACGCUCACAACUACCUAAACUCACAGGAAAUUUUUCUAGAUGUUUUGAAAAAGAGCGUUCAACUCAAGGAAUCCGACACGGAAAAUAAAACUCUCAAGUAUCUGGCAAAAAUAGCAAUACUAAGAAGAGAUUAUGAAAGCUGCCUAUCAUAUUUGUCAAAGUUGGAGGUAAGCCCCCGAACAUUAAGUUUGUUGGUAAAGUGUUUAUUGUUGCAACAUGAGAAAACUCAUGACAAAAAGCUACUACACAUCUGUAAGCGAAUUUUAUAUAUGAUAAUAUUACAAAACGAAAAUGAAAAUACAGAUUCAGAAAUACAAAAUAAAGAUGUAAAAGAAAGAAUUAACUUCAUAUUUAAGAUUAACUUGCUGUUGUUAUGGGUAUACCUUGAAUUAGAGGAUUAUGUAUCAUAUUAUAAUUUAUUGGAUAAAAUAGCAGUAUUUAUGGUAAAAAAUUCAGUAAAGAUAAAAAAUAAACAUCUUCUACUAUUUAAUAAAAUAAGUGGACGGAACGGCAUCGCCGCUCAAAUAGAAGAUAGUUUUGUUAACCCGGAAUCACAAAAUCAACUGGACUCAGUAGUAAGAGAAAUAGAAAACAGAAUCCUCGAAGAAGUAUCCGAACAUAAAUUGGAGCUUAUAUCGGAGAUUUGUAAAAGCGGAUACAUGGGAGAUUUGGAGCUGAAAAUAGAAGGAGGAGUAAAGGAAAUAUUAAACGAAUUGAAUAAAUUAUAUACCAAGCUGGAACAAAAAGAAAUAGAUCCGCACGUAAAAAACAUAAGAGUAGAGUUGGUAUCAAAGGAAUCCGAGGAGGAUGGAGUUAAAACAGAAGAUAGUUCUAGUGUUAGCACAGGAAAACAACAGCAUACGAGGCAGGGACAGAGAGAUGUGAAAAGAAGAAUCAUAGCGCAGGAGGGGAUGUCGACGAAGUCGGUGUACCUGAAAAACUACUGGAACUCAGUGUGCAGCUUCUUCUACCUGAAGGACUUCAACAACACGCUGAGCGUCGGAGCCCCGUCGUCGCAGAGGAAGGACGACGAGGCGGACGAGGACAUCAUAUACCCGAGCGACAUCGCAAGGUUCCUGAAAUACUCGGAGAGCUACCACAACCUGGACCUGAUGAGAAAAAUGGACUUCAAGGGGAAGCAGAGGCUGAGCGAAAGCAGCAUCCUGGCGUCUCUGCGCACAUUCUUCAGGAGUCUCGAGGGGACGAGGGUCAGCGCGCUGGAGUUCUCGCUGAGUCUCCUGGACUUCAUGCUGAAAAAUCACCAUAUCAGCACCCAUAAGCAGUACCAGCUGUUGCUGUCGAACGCGUACCACUACAUACACAAGACUUUGGUAACGAACGCAGCAAGUAUGGAUUCCGAAAGGGAGGGAAACAACAAGACGCUGGCGACGAAUGCAGUAUAUCAGUCAAGCAUCCUCUUCAAAGAAAGAGCAUCACACAGGGAGAAUAACGAAGUCGAGGAGCCGGAGAAAGCAGCAAAAACGGACUGGACAGCGGACCACAGUCUCACAAACAUCACAACUAACAACGAAGCUGCAAAUAACACAUUCACGGUCGACCAAAAUAAUGAAACCACGCACACAAACACUGCCAGUAACAAUAACACCACCAGUACUAAUAGCAGUGACAGUACUAAUAACACUACCAGUACGAAUAACAGUAAUUGUAUCAACACUACGGGUAACGAUAACACCACUGCCAGUACGAAUAGCAGUAACAGUAACAGUAACAGUAAAAGUAACAGUAACAGUGACAACAGUACAAGUAGCCAAAUGUCACAAAGCAAUCACACAAAUAACACGAAAGGUACAAAUAGCAAUAUCGAUAUCAAUGGAGUUGCAGUAAGCAGUCAAGAUAAUGAUGCCAGGAGCAAUAAUGAUGCAUCAAAUCCCGCAAAUGACAGUAAGGGAGGUAUUAAUGGUGCGGAAAUUGCCGAGAAAGGAACCAAUACGGGAAUGGUGAAAAAAGAGUGUGAAGAAAUAAAGGGGAUCCUGGAGAAAAAUAACAACCGUAAAAUAGAAGAAGAAAGACUGAGUCAGAUAGAAAAGUUUAAAAGGAUCAACAAGGAGUACGGAAUAAGGAUACUGUUCCUGCUGUAUAAAAGACAGAAUGAGUUUAGAAACAGAAAAGGACAGGAGCCAAGUCCAAAGAAUCAAGAGUCGAAGGAGGAAGCAGCAAUUAACGAAGUGAUAGACAGAGCGUACUUCCUGUGCCUGUUUAACCUGUAUAAGCUGAGCACAGGAGACUACUUCAAAAAGAUACACAUACUCUACUUCCACGUGAAAAAUCUGUUCUUCAACAAGCUGGAAGCAAGCGACUCGAUAUAUAAGAUGAUGCAGCAGUACAAGUACAUUAUACAGUACAACGAAAAACAGCUGUGGAAAAACAGGAUGGACACAGUGAGGUGGAGGAACAUGUCCUGGAGCAGAAGCGUCAGAAAGGGAAGGAACAAGAGGCUGGACAAGUACAUGGAAGCUUUGCUUAACAGCAUAGGAAACGUAGCGCUCAACGAUAAUAACCUGGAACAGCAGCUGGACAAGUACGCGAAAAAGUUCUUCGCAGUGCUGGCGAAGCACAUGGACCUGGGAGCACUGAAGCACGUAUACGCGCUUAACACGCAGAGCUACAGCGAGGAGGAAGUGGAGGAGAUGUGCGCGACGCACGAGAGGUACGCGUCCAGAAGGUUCACGGACAUGUUCUACAAGGAGCUGCAGAGCUUCCUGGUCGAUAUCACGUGCUACGUGUGCACGCACGAGGGCUGCCCGGUCUGGAUUAACAAGCUGCUGCUGCUCUACGGAGACAUGCUCUCAGUGCUCUCGCUUAACCUGCACAAAAACACGUCAAACCUGCAGGUGAGCGAGACCGCGAGCCUCCUGGCGAACGGAGUCUUCGACCAGAAGUUCCUGACGGUCCUGGCCUCGACGAUGCUGAUCAUCGUCAACAAGCUCUACUACUGCAGAUACGAGUACGUGGUGAGCAUGGGAGGAGGAAGCGCCAAGGAGAGCGGAGUUGAGUCUGGCAAUGCUGUUGUUGGUACUAGUAAUGGUUCUGCUGUCGGCACUGCUGUUAACGAGGGUGCCGGUGUAGCUACCAGUGGUGCUGCUGUUAACGAGGGCUUAGGUGUAGGUAACGUUGCUGAUGGUGUAGCCAGAUCUGGAAGGGCUGUUGUUGGCACUGUUGAUGCUACCACUGGUACUGCUAAAGUUGCUGGUAAAGCUAAUGGUACUGCUAGCAACGCAACUGUCUAUAGUUCUGGCGAUGGUACCCCGGGCGUGCUAGCGGGAGAAAAAGCUGACGCGUUCGAUAGAAAGGGAAACAGCGUGUACACGAACUGUUUGAAGGAAAUGGAGUUGACGAAAGGAUACAGUCUGGUGCUUAACAGGGCAAUCUCGAGAAUAUACACGAACAUCGCGUUCGUGAUAUACUACCUGAUACACUACCUGAUCUCGGACCACAGUAACCAGGAUGCGAAGACUGCGUACUACCUGUACGUGAGCUUCUCGCAAACGGUAGUGAUCAUGCUCUCGUCGUUCAUCAACAUGUCGAUGUACACGGACGAGAAGGAAGGAGAGACUGGAGACAGCGACAGCGACAGCGUGUGGAGCAGCAGUAGCUUUAGUAGCAGAGAAGAAGCAGAGGAAUUUAAUUACGGAGAGGAGGAAGGAGACGUGAUCGAGACGAUAAGCAAAAACGCAAUGGAGUACUACUACACGUAUAACAACAUAGCGGACUCGCUGCUGCAAAUGGAGUCGCUCUUUAGAGAUAACGGAGUGGUGAUAGACGAGGAGCUCAUUCCGAAGAAGCUGACAGGGUACCUGCACGUGAGCACGAAUGGAAUGCAGUUCGGUGACACGAGCGGGUCAAUAAACCUUAACAUAGCGUCGACGAUAUUCAAUAAGAUGAUACAGCUGUAUAACCCGAACUUCAGAAAAAAAAUCAUGGAGGACCUGAAGAUAAUACACUCAGAAGAACACCUGCUGAGCGAAGAAGGAGUGGCACUUUUGAAAAAGCUGAGAAGGCUGGAGUUCACGCCGGCAGUGGCGGCGCUGAUGAAGGAGUCGCUGAACAAGUGCGUCAACAGCAUAAUAGGAAAGGACUUUAAGUCGCCGAUCAUGUCGAUGGUGUACAUACACUUCAAGAGCCACGCGAACCUGGAGAGUAACCUGUACGUGCUGAAGGAGCUGCUGGACGACCUGGUGAUGCCGACCUUCAGAGGACACAGGUUCUUUAAAAUAUGGACAAACCCACUGAUAGUCCACAGCUGUGGACCGAAGAAGGUACUGGCGGAAGUAAUAAAGAGCAAGUACCCGAAUAAGAUAGUAGAGGAGGAGAAGAAGAAGCAGGAAGGAGGCCAGGCACAGAGAAUAGUAGAUAAGCUGGAGACCAUCGAGAGCAUAUACAACAACUACACGAGCUACAGCCAGCACAUCAAAAGCAAAGCAGUAGGAAAGGAGGCAGCGGAAUCCGCUGAAGCUGAAGAAUCAGUAAGCAGCGAGGCGAGCGUGCCAACGUCGGAAGACGGACUGGGUGCGGAGAAAGGAGAAGGAGGCAAAGGGCCGUCGGAGUACGAAAAUAACAGGCCAAUCAUCAGGGGCAACGUGCCGCUGGUGGGAAGCCAGGGGAGGAAGAGGACGGCCUCGGAAAGAAGCGCCGUGUCGGAAGAUGAAGAACUGGAGGAAGAGAGUAAGCAGGUGGGCUCAAGCAGAAAGAGGAGACUGGAUAGGGCAGAAGACUCGGAUAGGGAAGACCAGGGGGGCAAGGAGCCCAGAGCAGAAGGAUCAGAUGGGCAAGGAAGAGCAGGUAUACCAGAUAAAGUGGAAGUGGGCAGUCUAGCAAACAUUGUUGAAAGAAUAAGAACCGACAUUGACAAAACUAGGACUGACACUGAUAAAACUAGAACAGACAGCGAUAGGCCCAGAACAGACACUGACAAAACUAGGACUGAGAGCGAUAAAACUAGAACAGACACUGACAAAACUAGGACUGAGAGCGAUAAAACAGGGAGAAAGACCUCAGCAGUUGACAGGAGUGGCACCAGAGUCAACAAGGAAGAGUUCAAGUUCCUGGAAAGAGGAGACCUGCUGGAGUACGUGAAGUACACGAGCGAGCUGGAGCACUACAUGAAGACGAGAGACAUGUUCACGUACAAGGACCUGGUGGCGAAGUACGACGGAAGCCCGCAGUACGAGUUCAUGGCGACGCACAAGGAGCUGUACCUGAAGCUGCUGAAAAACUACAGCACAAUCGACCACUCGAACACGUUCGACAUCGAAAGCUACAACAUAAAAAUACUGCUGGAGCAGCUGGAAGUGAUCAACUGCGCAAGCAUAAUCUUCCCGAGGAGCCUGGACGUGCCCUUCCUGGCAAUCAUUAAAAACUUUGAGCUGCUGCUCUCGCUGCCGGACAUAAAAAAGUUCGACGAAAAACACUCAUUCGCAGACAACGAUAACACGAUAGUGGUAAACGCAGGCAAGGGAGCAGCAAUAGGGCUGAGCACAAUCAUGGCGACGAUGACGCAGACGUUGAACCUGCUGGACGUGGUGAAGAGACUGAUGCUGCUGCUGUACAUCACGAUACACAAGUACAACCAGUUCAUGCACAGAACGCACGUGACAAUGAAGAACAUGGACACGAGUCUGAUCUUCUUCAACGAACACGAAAGAGUGGAGUACAGAAGAAGAGAGGCGGAGGUGGCGAACACGUUCAGCUACAAAGUUAACACGCGGGUGAAGCUGAUGCACUUCAUCAGAGUGGCGCUGAUCCUGAUCAUCCUGAAGCGAGGACUGCUGAUACCCUCAGCGCUGCUAUUCAGCGACUACUACGUGCUUAUCCACUACCUCAGCGGCUCGUACAAGGCGAACCCGAUGCUCUCGCUGACGAACAGGAUCGAAGAGUUCGUGGUCUUCUACCCGUCAAACGAGGACAUCAGGAACCCGAGCACGCACCUGUACCUGAUAUACCUGCAGAUCAAGAUCCUCGACAGAAUCGUCAAGAACGUGCCGGUGCCGCAGCACCUCUUCGAGAAGAUAUACGCCAAGAUCAUGAUCAACUACAAGCACUACGUGGAGGUCCUGAUCAACAACAAGCUCGCGCUCUCAGAAGCCGCCGGCGAGGGUGGGAAGGCGGGGAAGGAGCUGACGAUCGGAUGCGCGAAGAUUAAGUCGAAGGUGGCGACCAAGCGCGUCAAGAACACGAUGAACUACCUGAACCAGAUGUUCGUGAGCAGGUACGACGCGAACGCGAUGGACGACGAGCUCAUCAUCGUGUACUACAAGAUGCACUGCGCGCGCCUGCGGCUCUACUACCUGAACCCGAGCCUGCACCACAUCUCCGCGCCCUUCUCCUUCGGCCCGGAGCACAACGGGCUCUUCAGCACGGGCGAGAUCACGAACCUGAUGAACAACAACAUGGUCGAGGAGUGGUCGAACGCAGUGGAGAAGGUGUGUCUGAGCAACAAGAUAGACCGCCACAAGGUCCUCCAGGACAUCAUCGGCUUCAUGAACAAGAUAAAGGACAGCGCCGAUAAGGACAUUGGAUGCCUAGUCUGCUACAAGCUGGCCUACUACUACUUCCAGUCAGGGGACGUGGAGAAGAGCAUAAGGUACCUGGAGGAAAUGAACGACAAGAUCAUCAUACCGAACGACUUCAUAAGGUUCGCAGUUAACUUUGAAAUAACAUUCGUUAAGUCGUGCAAGAAGAUUAUCACAAACACGUGCAGAAUACUGAUAGGCCUGACGUGCGACGUAGUGUACAACGCGAAGCUGGUGCAGGACAGGCACGUGAUGAGCUUCACGAAUAAGUUUAACCAGAGCAUGCUGGACAGCGAACCCGGAAAGAAGAAGGCGAAGACGAAAAACAAGGCAUUCAAAAAGGCGCCAGGAGAGUGGAUAUACACGGGCCUGGAAAGAGUGCCGAAGCUGGACAACAUGUUCAGACUGGUGAAACUGCACAUAGCGAUGCUGCAGAAGCUUAACAGGAAGUUCAAGGAGCUGUCGGAAAAGGACAAGACGUCGCUGCUGUGCGCAACGCUGAGCCACGUGCAGAACGUGAUACUGAACACGCUGACCUACUGCUUCAUGCUGCUGGUCUACGGAUGCCCGCACGUCCUCUCGCUGACGGUGAUGAACCAGGUGCUGGACCUGGAGGACAUGGUGGCAAUAGCGCAGUCGACGGAAGUGACGAAGCCGAAGCAGAGCAAGAAGAUGUACAUGGCGGAGACGCUGAACAAGCUGAUCACGACGAGGGCGGACGAGAGGAACCCGUACGCAUACCUCGAGAGAGCGAAGGUGCUGCACCACGCGAGCAUAACGAGCGAGUACGACGCGAUGUCGACGACGCUGGACCUGCGGCUCCUGCGGCAGCUGCACGCGCUCUGGAGCCUGAAGCUGUACAACAAGCCUGCGGCGGUCACGGCGAAGCUCUCGGAGCUCUUCGUGGACGCCUGCAACAGGCUCCUCUACGUCGUGCCGCUGGAGGAGACCAUCCUGGAGAACGCGCAGACGAUACAGCUUCCCUCGGGGGAGAGGGUGAAGGUCAGCGACGAGUGGGCGGCGAACCAGAGGAUCACCACAGCCCAGAAGGCAUCUGCGGCAUUCAACGAAGCACUGAGCAAACGGAACUAG